AUGGUGAUAUCGAAGAAGAUUCCAGGCGCUUUGACUCGUCACGCUCUGGACGAGAUAAGCCGAUUGUUGGUAGAAGCUCUAGGCGACGAGAAGGGAGAGCAAGUGAGAGCCCUUUUUCUGAAGUAUUGUCGCCUUCAUCUCUUCACCAGGAACAUCUCACCGGGACAGAAGCGAGAGGUAUUGACCUUGGUUCACGGGCUAGACCGCUUAGUGCAGAGGGAUCUUUUGGGAUGCGCCGAUCUGCUGGUACAGAGGUUGAAGGCUAUCGAGCUCGUGCUGAACGGAGCGUCAUGGCAGGUAGCACAAAACAUCGAGCUCGUUCCUCUAGACCAAGAAAGGAUCAGCAGCGUAGCCGAAGCACAGGAGGCCACGAGAGCAUUCAAGAACGAUUUCAGAGUGCAGAGGGACUUGGGGAAAGGUUUCAAGGGAUGGACCCCGAAAGGAGGGGAGAAAGGAAAGAACAUCAAGGGAAAAGAUGGAGGAAAGGGAGGCAAAGGCAAGGAGACAGGCAGAAUUCAACUUUUCACAAGGGGCAGUUUUCGUAUAGAACCCAUUGAUUGGAAACAGUUUUUUCAAGUGCGUGGUAUCAGCUAUUCGGGAGAGGAGGUGAAAGUGGCAAAGUGGACCAGCUGGGCGAAUGUGGAGCCAGCACUUCCCUUUGGGCAUAUCGGGUCUAUUUCAGCUCUGGAUUUGGCCGAUGGGGGUGUCCGCGAGCUGCUCCUAGACCCACAGCUUUUCCUACGACCGGGAUUUGAGGAGGAGGCGAUUAAGUCGUCGAAGGUUAUGGUUAGGGAUGAGGAUUGGUCUGAUUUGGCGUUGGGUUUGGUUCGCUUCAACCUUUGUUGUGUACUACCCGAAAGCGCCCUUCUACAUGCCAACGGCAAGCCCAUCCAUAACGGACUUUUCGGAGUGGAGAAAGGGGAGCAGGCCAACGGACACGAGGUCCACCGACUCAUUAUGAAUUUGAUUCCCAUCAACUCAGUUUCCAGAUCAGUGGAGGGUGACACCGGGACUCUCCCCUUGUUGUCUCAAAUGAACAGCUUGGAGCUUCACCCUGAUGAACACUUGGUGGUUUCGAGUGAGGACUUGAGAUGCAUGUUCUACCUCUUCGCGCUCCCCGAACAGUGGUUUCCGAUGUUGAGUUUCAACCGGCCAGUUCCUUCGGAAUUGGUUCCGCCUCACGUCGAUGAACCGUGUUAUCUGUGCUCAAAGGUUUUGCCGAUGGGUUAUCUCAACUCAGUGGGAGUGGCACAACAUCUCCACCGGAACCUCAUCUCACGAGCCCAAGGGGGCCCAACUCGUUGCGUGGGCAGCGCGGAGGUGCGCAAAGAUCGACCAGCAUCACUGGCAGAUCCGUUGUGGCGAGAAUACCUCGACAACUUUGACCUUUUGGAGAAAGAGAAUCCCGAGGCCGCAUCCGUCAUCAAAGGGAGUACCCCACCAGAUUUGGAACCCAUCCUUGAGGAGUACUUCCGCUGGGGGGUUCCGUUGAACCCGAAGAAAUCUGUGAGGCAUGCUACGUUUGCCGAAAUCCAAGGUGCGGAGAUUGAUGGUUGUGCUGGAACGGCGCGCCCCAAAAAGGAUAAGUUACAGAAGUAUGUCGGUGCGACCCUCUCUUUAUUGCGAGUGGGCAAAGCAACCCAGAAACAGAUGCAAGUGAUUUGUGGUGGCCUUGUGUACUUUGCGAUGUUUCGUCGACCUCUUAUGAGCUGCCUCAACUAUGUCUGGAAAUUCAUCCAUAGCUUUGACCUGACCUCGGCCAAGGUUUUGAGAAUUCCCACUGGUGUCAUGUCAGAGCUUCUCGUUUUCCUGGGAUUGCUACCUUUGGUGCACAUGGACUUCCGAACUUCAGUGAGCUCAGUUGUUACGGCGAGUGAUGCGUCCAACCUUGGGGGAGGCAUUUGCGCCAGCUCUGGAAUUACAUCGUUGGGAGAUUCCGUGGCCUCAGCGGAGUUUCGUGGUGAUUCCUCGGUUGAGGUGCCUGAAGCUGGGGUUGUGUGCAUUGGACUCUUUGACGGAAUUUCCGCGAUGAGAGUGGCCUUGGAGUGUAUUCGAGCCCGCGUGGUUCUACACAUAUCGGUGGAGAGCGACCCCACUUGUCGCAGGGUGGUCGAAACUCACUUCCCGGAUGUGGUGCACUAUGAAGACGUGGCUACAAUUGAUCAAAGUUGUUGCGAUGAGUGGGCUACGAAGGCAUCUUCAGCCAAACUAGUUUUGGUGGGAGCCGGUCCCCCCUACCACAAUGGAGCAGAAGCUAGCAUCACUGGUUCGCGAAGCCCCCUACAUGGUCUGGUGCAACCAAUCGUUUCGAUGCUACGGUCGUCGUUCAACUGGUGCCACGUCCACUUCUUCCACGAGUCCUUUUUCACAAUGGAUGUUUCAGACCGCGAAGAGCACACACGGUCCAGUCAAGUCCUCCCCUACCGAGCCUGCGCGGGUGGGCUCUCUCUAUGUCGUCGCGAAAGACUUUACUGGUUUGAUUGGGGACUAGAUUCGGAAGAAGGUGUGAUUCUUCAUCCACCUGGGUCGUCUCAUCCUUCUGGUUACGGCGAUAUUCGCUUCGAAUGCCCUUCGGAUCCUUUGCAGUUUCUUGAGAAAGGUUGGAAGCUACAUCCUGACUCGAGUCAUCUCCCAGCCUUCACCGUUCCACAAGCAUCUUCCACAGGCAGCCCCGCGGCAGCAGGUCUUCAUCGUUGUGGCCCAGCAGAAAAAGAACGCUGGAAAAACGAUCGUUUCAGAUUUCCACCUUUUCAAUACCUGGAUCGCCACCUUUUGUGGCGCAAGGAUGAGGCCCGACCUCCCAAUGCACGUGAGCGAGAGCGCAUGUUGGGCUUCCCCGUGGACUACACUUACAACUGUCUCAACAAGACUGAUACCAAGAAGUCCCCAAUCCAUCAUGAUGACGUUCGCCUCUCCCUUUUGGGAAACACUUCCAGUGUCCCAGUUGUGGCUUUUUUCUUUCUUCAACUCCUUUCGCCUCUCGGGCUCUGUUUGGUCACCAGCCUGAAAGAGCUACUUCAAGUCCUUGCGGGUCAGUCGCUCAAGUAUGGGGCUGCUCUCCUUUCUUGGAGGGCGCUUCAUCAAGCUAGAGUUCCAAGCGCCAGCGAGGAGACACUAGUCCGCAAACUUCUCACCCAAGUUUCCAGUAAAGGUGAAGACUUCCUGGUUUCGGUAGGUGCCAGCUCUCGUUCCUACCAGAAGUUUCGCAACUCAAUACCGGCGGCCCUUUGGAGCUGGCGAGAGAUAUGUGGCUGGAAGUGGAAGCCCUGCGAUGACCACAUAAAUCGCUUGGAACUUCGCGCGAUCUACACGACCAUUCGGUGGCGUGUCUUACGCCAAAAGCAACUUCGAAUUCGGUUUCUGCACCUGACUGACUCCAUGGUGUGUUUGCAUGUUUUGAACCGCGGACGAAGCUCUUCUUUAAAGAUACAGACGCUGAUGUACCGUCUUUGUUCCUUAGUUUUGGCGACCGGCUUGCACUUGAUUCCUGCGUAUGUCUCGACCAACUCGAACCCAGCCGAUCGGCCCAGUCGCAGGGCCCGCGUCCGCAAAAAAUGGGCAAGGUCCAUCACAGUCGCCCCAAAGACCCGCGUACGGUAUGAUUCAGCACUUCGCCAGUUCUACCUUUUUGCCAAGCUGUAUCGUCGGCGUGUUCCCGAUGAAGGUGAAAGCGUCUCCGCAGCUAAAGAUGGCCUGUUGGUCAAGACCUGGCAGAAGAAUGAGAUGCCUUCCAGGGCCGCACCUUUGCCUGAGGAACUCCUUCAAGCUCUGUCUGGAGCUUUUGCCUUAAAAGGGCAAUCUCAGAUGGCCCUUGCAGUGCAAGUUGCUUUCUACUCUCUCUUACGUACAGGGGAGCUCCUUUCUCUUCAGGCUUCCCAAGUGCAGAUAAGCCCGCGACAAGACUUUGCUGUCCUCAGCCUUGGCCUCACCAAGACUUCGCAGAGAAGCGGGACAGACGAUUCCGUGACUCUUCGUGUUGGCCAUGUCUGCCGCGCUUUGGCGCGUUGGAAGCAAGCCGUUGCGCCCUCUGCCUUCCUUAUCCCUUUUUCGUCCUACCUUUUCCGCAAGCACUUUCAAGACGGGCUUGAACGCCUCAAGCUUGGUCAAUGGGGGUUCCGUCCCUACAGCUUGCGUCGUGGUGGAGCCACGAUGUAUUUUCAGAAGAACCCCUCCUUUGACGCCGUUCGUCAGCUUGGGCGCUGGAGCUCCGAUCGCACCGCGCGCAUCUAUUUGAAUGAUGCCAUGGCCUCUUUGGCGCUUAUGCGCUUCGACGUUACUUCCAAGCCUUUGGCCUUGCCCUUUCAGUGGUACCACAGGCAGUUGCGACUUGAUCGCGAAGCGACUCGGGGGGGACGUGGAUAG